GCCUCUGAGGUAUGGCUCUUCAUCCGAAUGUUUCCAUUUUUGAUUGGUGACCAAAUCGAAGACCCAGAAGAUCCUGUUUGGAAACUAGCUUUACUACUGAAGUCUAUUUGUGAAUAUGUAUUUGCUCCUGCAAUAACUAAUUUGCAACUAUUGAAGUUGAAGCAAAUGAUUGCUAUAUAUUUAGAAACUAGAGCAAAGUUGUUUUCAAAAAAACUUCAACCAAAGCACCACUACUUAGGACACUAUCCAGAAUUGGUGACUUACUUCGGACCUCUUAUAAGGUUGUGGACGCUUCGCUUUGAGAGCCGGCAUGUGUUUUUCAAACAAGCUGCAAAAUGUGCAAACAAUUUCAAAAACAUCACUAAAACUCUUGCAAAUAAGUAUGUACUCAACUUUGCGUACAAAUUUACUGGAUACAUGUUUCCAUCAACUGUUGUCUACAAGGAGAAAGAUGCCAGCCCCAUAGUGAUUGCAGAUAUGAAGCAAGAAGUUGUUAAUAUUAUAGAAGAGGACCCUUCUUUUCAACAUAUCCUGAAGUCAGUGGACAUUCAUGGUAUAACAUAUAGUCCUGGGCUGUGGGUUUUACUUGGUGCCAAGAAGUCAGAUCUGAUAGUUGGUGAAAUACUUUUUAUUCUCUAUGAUGGCAGCAAAGUUAAAUUUGUUUUAAAAGUUUGCACUGCUGUUAACUCUAACCAAGGAUACUAUUCUAUUGAAACUGAUGAACAAUUUGGAUCCAUUUUGAAAGAGGAUCUUGUGGAUUACUAUCCACUUCCAGCUUAUGAAUAUUAUGGAAAACAGUGUUUGACCCUUAAGCAUACUUGCCCAUUUUUGGAUGAGUGACAUCUUUUAAAACUAUGUAAUUUUAGAUACUCAGUGAAAGAAUUCUCAUAAUAUUGUAACAUUGUCUUUGUAAAAAGA